UUUUUAUCUACGUAAACCAACGGCAAAGCGACGCUGGGCAACAGGCUGUCCUGUUGUGUGUGUUGUAUUUUUCAGUGUGAAAACAAAUAAUUCGUCAUGCGAUAGCACUAUCUUAGCUCAUCGGUCUUUUCUCUCGCACAAAGCCUAGUGCGCUACGCGUGUUCGUCUUGAGGUUUAUUACCGUUAGGCUGCAUUAGAACGAUGAUCUCCAUCCAGAAUCCACAGCUCAAGGCCAUAUUUCUCAUUCACCUGCUCCUCACAGUAUGGCCGUUGCAGGAAGCAUGGGCACCCCAAGCGUAUCUCUACUACAACCUCAUUUAUCUGCUGAUGUUAGCUUGGGCGAUCCAUCACAAGGAUUCCGAGGAGCCCGUAUUUAUGGCAUUAGCCAUAAACCUUGGUACCAUCCUAAUGGACAUUGUCACACUGGGAAUGCACUUCCCACACCAAUUCACAUUCUGUGCUGGCAUUGCCAUUGUUAACCUUUUGUUUCGGCCGGUGUCGUCAGUGUUUCUGCUGCGCAUCUUCAACGAGCGGGGAGGCAGGUAUGCAGACCUGGGCAUCCCAAACUUCAAUGGCGGCGUGGGCAGCACUGGCCGAGGUCAGUAUGAUGACAUCGACCAGACCACUACCCAGAGCGUGCCGAAGACUGGAUUAGACACUGGAAGCCCAAGCCAUGUCUACUCCUCGGGAGGCGAUGGGCUGCCGCCUUACUCGCAGCCAUAAUCGCAGCUUCCCAACUCAUUUUGUUGGAACAGUGCCAUCUUCAGUGGCCAGAACUGACGUGACCUUGAUUGCACACCCGCUCCUCAGUUCAGCAUCAACGUUUUUUUUUUUCUCUCUUCUUCUUCAGUUAAUUGUCCAAAGUUUGAAUGUCAUUUGCUUAGUAUGGUACCUGAACCUUGUGAGGAAGCCUUGAUGGCCUUGAAGUUGAGGAAGCCUUGAAGUAUGAGCUUACUUCACCAGUCUUGUGUGGUGCAAGGUAACACAUUAAGACUGAUUUAGCUCAUUCUUAUACAUGCCGGCCGUGUUAACGUGCCAGCAUGAGCAGUUUUCCCCCAGUCAUGGUAGCAAACAUGUUGAGGCUUUGGAAAUCUACAAUUCUUUGUAGCUCUCAAAUCUAAAUGAUUGCUUAAACAGAUAAAGCUUUUAAGUCUAUGUGAUGUUUGUUCUUGAAUCUUUAAUUUAUUUACCACUGUCAUGAAAUGGCUUUCUAAACCAGACUGCAAAGCCACAAGCGUUUAUUCGAGCUGUUGGUGGCACUGUUCAUGAAAAUUUACCUGUCUUACGUUUUGUAAUCCCUAAAUGUUUACAGGUUGAUUUUUUUAAUGCUUGCUAAUGCAGCCAACUAUGGCAUGUUUUUGUGCACAUGUUGGCUGAAUAGAAUAACUAGCACUGCAAUCUUUUCCUUUUUUAUUUUUUAGGUUUGAUCAUGGACAAAAAGUUGAAGUAUAGCAUUUAGAUUACCAUUUGUUGACACUGUUUUUGUCUCGUACAACUUUCUUCACACAUAGGUUGCUCAUUUUUGGCCAUUGAAGACAGUGUGCCACUAUUUCUCUUGCAAACGAGCAAUGCGUUGCAAGAAUGAGGGCUUGAAAAUUUUGUUGAAUGUGUGAAGUGGUUUCUGAGCAAUUAAGCAUUGUUUCUGUGCAUUAAGCUAUGUGUGCUAAAGAGCAAACUGCAGCAGCUUAGAAAGAAAUUCUACGAUAUCUUCCGCAAUGGCAUUUGGAGACUCUACUGUUUCCACUUUUUAUAACACUCAAUUUUUUAUUUUAAUUCUUUUUUACCCAGAGAUGUGUGAACCAAACGCCCCUCCUUAUUUAACCAAGGGCACCAGUUCUGACCCCCAGAAAACCUGUAAUAAUGGUUUAGUGUGAUUGUACCCGGCACUUCCUCACUCUGGAGUAUUCAUUCCGUGUUAUUUGUGGCUGCCUGUAUGGAAGGAAAAAGAGAUUAGUACAGCUUCUCCCUUUCAUUUGUUCUGCAGCUGGCUGCUGCUUAUACAUGCUUUAGUUUGGAUAUGCUUUCUUUUUCUAGUCAUUGUUGGGAGUGCCACUGAUUGCUUGUUGCACAGACUGGCUUGACCCUUGCAGCUGUUUAAAAGCAGUACUUCCUUUUUUUUUUGCGUGUGUUUCAAAGCUGUAAUUUUUUUGAUCAUGUUUUUGAUCAUGUUUUUUUGAUCAUGUGAUUGAGAAGUUUCUGAAAUAGGGGACGGUGCCGCUGAUACAACUUGUUGUGCGUUCCCAUAGUCCCUUUAGUUCACUAAAGCCACUUGCAUCCUCUAUUCCUAAAACUGUCUAUUGUGGCAGCCAACUCCGAGCUGUAGAGAGCAUCUCGUGAUAUUCACAUCCAUGGCACUUUUCUUAAUGUACUACCGAUGUGGCAAUUUUAGACUUGUAAUUUUUUGCAUUGCGCAAAGGUCCUGGAUCUCAAAACUACACAGAGUACUGACAAGCCUCAAAGUGUCUUAAAUAAUUUACAGUAAUAGCUUUUCUUCGUAACAGUUCCUGUUUUGUCUCCCAGGAGGUGUAUGUCAUGUGGGAGCUGAACAUCAUUAAGGUUUGGCACUCACUCUGACUAGCUGUCAUCUGCUAUGCCAAUACUUCUAACGACCAGAAAAGGAGGAAGGCCGUUUUCGUGAACAAGAAGGACAGGGCAGAGAAAAAGAUGGAAGUAUCAAUCUCUACGACUGUUAGAGAUGGCAGAAUAAAAUGAAUAUUAUUCUACAUUGGACCACACAACGAGUAGCAGCACAGCAGAUGACCGAAUGAGCCAAAGUGACUGCCAAAGCAUGAUGAUGUUCUGUGCCCACGUGACCACCUUCUGCGUCAUGGAACAUACACACACAUGACACAUACAGCUCCUGGGAAAUGGUACCAAAACUGGUUCAUUGGUGCCAAAAAACGUGCUCUCUCCAAUAAUAAAAUAAAAAUAAAUAAGACGUUUCGGGCCCCUUUUGGGUCCCUCGAUCACAGUGAAGAUGUAAGCAUGGGCGUGCGGCUAUUUAUAACGUCUUUUCUUUAUUUUUAUUUUAUUCUUGGCAAGUGCACGUUUUUUGGCACCAAUAUGUUUCCCCGCCAGACAAGUUUUCGUCGAACACUUAACCAAAACUGGUUCAUAGGAAACCUAUUAUAGUAAGUUACUUUAACAGUCCGAGGUUUCCCAGUACCUUUGGUUUUGAAGUCGAGGGCCUUUAUUUAACGCAAGAAAUAAAAAGUCAAGAAUGUCAUGUCGGCAUGGCUUUAAAAGUGAGCAGGGACUAAUUUGUCUAUGUGCAGCUUAAUGCUUUACAAUUCCAAAGCCGUUUAGUGCAGCUAUGCAUGCCUCAAUGUCAUAGGACAUUUGGUGAAUUGUUGACUGGUUCUUUAUUUUAUAUUUACCAAUUUCUAGUUUUAGGUCCUCUGCAAUGAGCUUCAGCACUUUUAUUUGUCCGUGUGAAUGAACUUGUCACCGAAUUAGCAAAUGCCCAUUGCAUUCUGAACACUGUCACUGUUUGGUGCAAGUAUUUUUACACCAUUCCUACUGUAUUCUUGUUCUUGAUACUAGUGAAAGUUGCUUGAAACCAAGGUACUUACUUUUGAUGUGUCCAUCUUUGUGUGUAUUUCCACAAUAUUUUGAAGCACUUGUUCCGAGCUUCUUCACAGCAACUUUUCACACUUGUCUGGAGCAGAAAACAUUUUGAAUUGUCUUUGCUUCGUUGGUAUGGUUGUUGAAAGAGGCAACAGAACAUGCGGCUGAAUGUGGUUUAAAGUGUGCUGCCACAGUUCGCUCCAAAGCACUGCAACAAAUACAUGAAAAAGCUAGUUAUUUAACUUCUUGGGAUGUCUUCACAUCCAUGAGGCAGAUGCUCCGGUCUAGUGCAAUUGUAACAGUUAUUCGAAAGAUCAUCCAUUUAUUUUAAGCACAUUUUUAUUGUAGAGUCACUCUAAAAGAGAUUUCCAGGGAGAUGUUCAUUUUAUAUAAUUUAACUUUCUUUUCUUUUGUUGUUUGUCACUUAUUCUUUCCUCACACUUUUAAGGUGCUCGUGAUGUGAACAUUCCUUAUUGUCUUUGCCUUUAUGAUAAACCUGUUAUCUUCUCA